UUAAGGUGCACUGCGUACUGAUGAGCUAUAGGGCUCCUGGUCUUAAGGUGCACUGCGUACUGAUGAGCUAUAGGGCUCCUGGUCUUAAGGUGCACCGAGUCACCUUAUUGGGCAGCACUGCCCACUGAUCCAAUCCCAGCAAGCUCCAGAAAUGCUUAUUCAACUCUGCAGGAAGCCCAUCCAUAUGCAAGCUGUCCUACAGCAGUGGUAAGUCCCUCCAGGCUGAUCUGCGGGUCCAGGGCCGCACACUCCUCCUGUCCCAGCUGCGGUAGUCCAUGAUGAAGUUCAGCAGUGGCUCACAUUCAUAAUCCUCCUUUCGGUAAAGGGCAGUGCAGUAUUCCACUGCCAGUUACAGUGUCACCGGGAAGGUCAUCAGCUUCUUCUGCAACACAGUCCUCUCCAGGUUGAAGUCGUCGUCGGCGGGAGCGUCCAUGUCUUGAUAACCAUGAUUCUGGAUCCUUCUGUCAGGUUCAGUGCCUGUCCCUUCCUGCCCCCUCCCAUUUGGGCCAGCAGGUGUUACUGGCCAUCCUGUCCUCCUCCCUAUCACUUUCUUCCCUUAUGUUUUGGUCGCUUUCUGGAUUGCUGCAUAGCUCAGUGGGCCAAGUUUGUAGCUCAAAGCAGUUGGUUGUGGGUUCAGUCCUUUCCAGUGUCACCUGUUUGUUUAAAUAUUAGAUUUUGUUCCCUAGUGUUUAUUUUCUGUCUUAGUUGUCCGGCCCUUGCUUUGCCCUCCGUGUGUUCUGGUCUGUCUUUAUUUUACACACUUUGAUCCUGUGAUUAGCUUUGCUUUGUAACCUGUGUCAGGUAAUUUAUCCUAGUUUGUUGUCUGUUUAGUCUCUUGGUUCUGUGCUCAUCUUUGCUAACUUGCUCCACUCGUUGCCUGUUGACCCUGUGCGUCUUAAUUGCUCCAUCUGUUGCUCGUUGUCCUGCACCCUCUAUGAUUGGCUAAUUGUCUAAUGCUCCUUCACCAGCCUUCUCAUUAGCCUGGUUGUUUGCAUGUACUUAAGAACCUUUUUCCAGUCUGUUCACUAGUCUGUCAUUGUUCAUAUUACUGUGUGCUGUUGCUCUGUUUUGUUUUGAUAGUUACCACCUUUUGAUAUUUUUGUAGUUGGUUCUUAUUUCUCCCAUUUGAUUUCAACCCCAUGUGGUCUUUUAAUUUUGUGCUUCACCGCUUGGUGUUCUGUUUUGUUCAAUAAACCCCUUUGUCUUGGAGCUAGCCUCUUCAGACCAGCCUCAGAGCCAUGGUGAUCCCACCAUCGAAUGCCAGUCUCUGGCACAUUUUUUGCCGUGGUGCCUAUAGCUGUGACUGGAGCAGGCGGAGGACCAGGGAGCACAAACGCAGCAAACAUGCAUGGCUCUGCAUUUUCACGCUGGUGUCUGCAUUCACUCUGGGCUGGCUGUACAUCUGCAUGAUGGCAUACAAUGAUCGCGAUGAUGUCAACUGGAAGGCCUUCAGUUGCCUGAAGAAAUGGGUGAACUGGUUCAUGAUUGUGGUGGUCUUCUCUUCACUGUUGGCAGUGUACUGCUGCCUCCUGCUGCUGUUUUCGCUGUUCCUUGUGGCCCUGAGGGAGCCCUUAAACCACCUUCACGUUAUUCAUAAGGUGCUGCUGGUUUUGUCGGCGUUAUUCAUCACUGCUGGGCUUUUGGGUAUCACCAUUAAGUGGAAGGUGGAGUGGCAGACUGUGUCCCUGUCUCUGCAGGCCACAGGUCCCUUUCUCCAGCUUGGCGGUGUACUGGCCCUCACGCUGCUGAGUGGAUUAGUUUUCCGCAGCUACCACAAAACCCAGAGCAAAGCUUCCAAGGCCGUCAUCAUGGGCACGUUCACGCUGCUGUCGGCUGCAGUCUUCCUCUCCCCACUUUUGAUUGAGUCUCCAUGCCUCUGUGAACAUCUCCCUGAAAAACCAAAGCUCAUUGGCCACAGAGGGGCACCAAUGCUCGCCCCGGAGAACACAAUGAUGUCGUUCAACAAGAGUGCAGAGUGUGGUGUGUACGCCUUCGAGACCGAUGUUCAGAUCAGCAAGGAUGGAGUUCCCUUCCUUAUGCAUGAUGAAAGCCUCCGUAGAACAACUGACGUUCAGGAGCAUCAGGCUGAUAACAACAGCAGCAGCUUCACCUGGCAGCAGUUAGAGAGACUGAACGCGGGAAGCUGGUUCCUGAAGAAUGAUCCAUUCCACACGGUUUCAUCGCUCUCAGAGGAAGAGAAGGCGGACGCAAAGAAUCAAUAUAUUCCACGCCUCUUUGAUCUCCUGGGGCUGGCUAAGCAGAAAAAUAUCUCUGUAAUGUUUGACUUGAAGAAGGACACAAAUGACAGCAAUGACACAGACUAUGUGAUUGACACCAUCUUGAAGUCCGGCAUCCCUCCUGAGCUGGUGCUAUGGCUGCCCAACCUCCACAGGAAGAGAGUGAUGACAAAAGCCCCAGGGUUCAGACACGUCUAUGACAACAAGACGGAAAUGUAUCUCCAGGGCGGAAACCAGCUUAACUCCAAUUAUAACAUGAUUCCCACCCAGGAGAUCAGUAAACUGCAGAAGAAUGUGUCUGUGAACCUGUGGGUGGUGAAUGAGCCCUGGCUCUUCUCCCUGAUGUGGUGUGCUGGGGCCCACUCUGUCACCACCAAUGCCUGCCACCUUCUGAAGGACAUGGAGAAGCCCGUCUGGCACUUGGCACCUUCUACCUAUAGAGCCAUAUGGAUAUGUGCAGAUGUGGCAUCACUGCUGGCCACGACGGUGGUGUUUUUCCUGCAGAGAAGAUGGAGAAGUGAGAGGAGAUAUGACAGUCCGAGCCCCCCACUCAUCCUCCAGCCUUAAGAAAACGACUCGCCAACAUUCCACUAAACCCUCUGUCUUCAGAUGAUUGACGAAAGAUAUGACAAACUAUUUCUUAUACGGAACCGCAUCAUCUGUAUUACAGGAGACAACAGAAUUUUCAAGCAUUUAGCCUGUUAAUACAGAUACAGGAAAUACAGAUGAAAUAUGCAGGAAAUGACUUGAGAGACCUGGUGUAUAUUUUUCCAUUUCAAUUUUUUAUUUCAUCUUACUGGUUUUUUCCCCCCAUGUGACAUUUCUGAAUCUGUGAUGUAUGACACUGUGAUGUGAAUAGAGUAAUAAAUUCAAGGGUCAUUUAUUUUUAAAAAAUAAAACUUUUAUACUGUCUAAACACAAACUAUUAAAUGUAAGUGUACUCAAUGGGUUUAUAGCAUGUGUGAAUGGUUGUUUGUGUGGUGUUAUUGUAGAGCAAAGGUAAUGAUGGUCUGCUUGGAGCGAUUUUGAAUUCAGUUAAAAUGUGUCUAUUAGUCUACAGUAAGUAAGUCUACAGAAUGUGACAUUCCUUAUCCAGCAUUAUUCGCUGGUGAGAAUACGCCCACAGUCCCUGGGUCUCCUCAUUAUGCCCCAUGCAGGUAUUAGGGGUUCAGUGUUAAGCAUUAGAGUGUCUAUGGGAUAAAUAAGCACAACAUGACACUUUAUAAAAUCAGUAUGUAUCAUGGUGUUGCCAGUUUGAUGUAGACACAAACUAAUCAAUAAUAACUAAUAAAUAUUUCUGUGGAUACUGGUUGAAUACA